AUGUCUACCACGAAGUCGGUGAUAAGAACCAUCAAAAAUGUGGCCAACGGCUACUCCAAUGUGCAGGUGAUGGUUAGAAAUGCUACCAGUAACGAUCCGACAGGUCCCACGACAUCCCAGAUGGCAGAUGUGGCCAACCAUACGUACGAAAACGGAGAGUUUUUGGAGGUGAUGGAUAUCAUCGACCGUCGGCUGAACGACAAGGGAAAGAACUGGCGGCAUAUUGCCAAGUCGCUGACUCUCCUGGACUACCUGGUGCGGUAUGGGUCUGAGGACGUGGUUCUGUGGGCAAAGGAAAAUAUAUACAUCAUCAAGACCUUGAGAGAAUUUCAGGUGAACGACAUGCUGGGCGCAGACCAAGGAGCCAUUAUCCGUGUGAAGGCGAAAGAAUUGACGGCGUUGUUGCGCGAUGACGAAAGACUGAACCAGGAGCGAGAGCUGGCCAGACAGAGAAUGACCGAUAGACGCACCAGGAGGAAAAACCGGAUGUCACCUGAUGAGGACGAAUACGAUGAGGCGUUGCAGAAGGCACUAGAGGAGAGCCGAUUGACAGCCGAGGAGGAGGCUCGCAGACGCAGAAACCAGAGCGACGAGAGUUUGGAGAAGGCCAUUCAGCUCAGCCUCGAGGAGGAGGAGAUGCGGAAACGUAACAACAACUUGCUCGAUCUAGACGACAACACCACGCAGCCACCUCAGGUCUUUGGCUACUAUCCACAGGGACAAGAGAUGGGUCAGAUCAUUGGCUACGAUAUGUACGGCAAUCCAGUGUAUGCCAACCAGCAGAUGAACACGGGGUAUCUCCAGAACGCAUACCAGGAUAUGGCUAUGCAGCAGCAGAUGUACCAGCAGCAGCUAUACGAGCAGCAAUUGGCGCAGCAGCAGGCACAGCAGAUGGCCGCGUACCAGCAACAACUGGCACAACAACAGCUUCUUUUGCAACAACAACAGCAGCAGCAGCAACAACAACAACAAAUUCCACUCAAGACUGGCUCGAACAACCCAUUCGCUCAUCUUCAGCAGCAGCAACAGGCAACUUCGCAGCCUGCAAAGCCUGUUGAGCAAGCCCAACAGCAAGAGCCUCUUAGACAGACGCCGACAGGCAUUCAGAAGAUGAACGAACAGUACUCGAAACUGAACGCUUUGUUGGCCACCGGCACGGGCGUGGACACGUUUGGAAACAUUGGUGACACAAGAAUUCCUGCACAACACACGAAAACGGGAACCUUUAUCAAUUCGUACGGAACAGGAAUUAAGCAGGAGAAUGGCUCCAAUUCGGCCAAUCCGUUUUUCGAUACACAAUAUACAGGAAUCCCAUCCACGGGAAUUACGCCUUCAUACACGGGAUACGGUUUUGGGAACCAGCAGACAAAGAAAUCUGGCUCCAACGCCAACGGAGCUAGUCUUAUUGACCUCUAAAGUUUUUUAGACUCAUACAUUUUCAACAAGUCCUGCAACCGUCUUUUCUCCACACGUUCUGCUUCGAGCUCCUGCUCGAACCUCUCGUUCAUGCCUGCGACCAACUUCUUGAACUCGAGUCUCAAAAUCGAUGCGCUGACGUUGUUCUUGGUAGGGGAAGAAGUGGCCACAAAAGAUUGGUCCUCUUGGUAUGACGUGAGAGGCGUUGACGGGGAAGAUGACUGAUUUGCUCCCUGACCGAACGAGAGCGGUCUCUCCACCGUCGUAUCGCCUAGACGGUCGACCUUCAGAAUGUUCAACUGCUUGGCCUGGUCAAUGGUUUCCCGUUGUUUGUUGGCCAAUUGCAUUUGUAACUCACUGUUUUGUAGCUCCAAUUUCAAUAAUUGAGACGUUUGUUUAGAAAGUUCGCUGUUUGAUUUGUCGAGCAGCUCUUGUGAUUGGCUGAGCUUCUGCCGCAGCUCGCUAAGCACAGUGUUGUGGAGCUCGCGCUCGUCCUCAAACUUGCGUGUAAGGUAAUUGUGUGCAAAUUGAAGAUCACUGAGGGCCGUUCUUAAUUCCUCCACGUCGGAGGACUCUUGCUUGUUGUCCACAUCCUUCGUGAAUUGGUGUGUCUCGGAGAUUGGCGUGGUUUUUGAGCCGUUCACAAGGGCAGCAAUGCAAUUUGAACACCACUCGAUUCGGCCUGUCAGGCUGCGCAUCUUUUCGAUGUUGGGCUCGGGAAGUUCCACGUUGUUCUGCACAGACAUUGACACCACCUUAGACACAAGCCCUUCCAGCGAUCGCUCCACAUCGCUCGCCAUGAAAGCAGCAUUCUGGUCAAGGAACAUGUCCUGCACGUAUCCCAACUGCGAAACUAAAAUCUCAUGGCUACUCAGCUUUGCCUGCAAAAACUCCAAAUCCUUGUCAACCGCAACGAAACGUUCAAACAACUGUGACUGCAGGCCCUCCGACAACUUUUCAAGUAGUUGUGUUUUUGAUGCUUUUAAC